AUGCUUCAAAAUGAGCGUCGUCCCGAAGUCUGCGCCCAUCAACCUGCGAAGGCCGCCUCUUCUGAAUCCUCUUCGCCUUCUCGUCCGUUACUACCCCAAACGGUGGCAUCCGCAGCGGUCCCAGCCUCACCUUCCGAGACACUUGGUCAAUUGGAGCUUCCGACGAUCGAGAAGUCAACGAGACUCGAACCGAAGUCCGAGUUGUCUUCGCCUCUGGCAUGCUUCGGCAUGGAUACAGAUGCUGCAACUCCCUUCACCUCCCCCCCUUCAACGCAGGCGUCCGGUCUGGCCUUAGCAGCCACGGAAUCGAGCGACAGCGCCGAAGACCUUCAAAGGUUGUGCUCGGAACGACCCGAGGCGGGUGGGGCGCAAGAAAUUAGCCGGGCCGUCAACGACUGGCUGCAGUCGAGGCCGCGGCGGUUGUACCACAACGAAGAGCUGGACUCGGGGCCCAUGCAGUUGUGCUACAUCAGCGAACUGGAGGAGGAUCGCGAGACGAACCCUCCGCCCGGGCUGGGCCAGCCCGGAUUCUGUCAGACGCCACGGCAGGAGGAUGAGUCGGAGAAAGCGGAUGGCAACACGAGAUUGGGACAACCGGAACCGGAACCUGAACCGGACGAGAUGGAGGAGUGGAGUCUGCGACAAGUGAUACCGAAAUCGAGUCACUUCUUAGACAACCGAGGGGCCUUCAUCGCAAAGCAAGUGAGCGCCAAUCUGCAAUCAUCCCAUUCCUUUCCUUCAUCGGAGCCGGACAACGAAGAUUUUUUACUUUUACUUUAA